UUCGUCCUAAUCUCGGUAGUUUUUGGAUAUGGUGCGUUAAUAGAACGAUUUGCAAAGUGAUCAAGUUGAAAUACUCAUCGGAAGUUUGAAAUAUCGACCAACAAAGGCGAUGUUUUCCAUCUGUAAACAAACGCACGAAGCCACCGCGGUGGAGUUUUCGGUCACUUGCCACUUCUUCAACAGCAAUGAGAAGUCGCUGGUCACCGGGGGCGCCAACGUCCUCAAGGUGUACCGGCUGAUCCCGGAUGCGGACCCUACCAGCCGCGAUAAGUUCACCACUACGAGACCGCCGAACAUGAAACUAGAAUGUAUGGCAAGUUACACUCUAUUCGGCAACAUAAUGUCGAUGCAAUCGGUGUCCUUGGCCGGUUCGCAACGGGAUGCGUUGCUGAUAAGCUUCCAGGAUGCGAAGCUGUCGGUGGUGCAGUUUGAUCCGGACAAUUUCGAGCUGAAAACGCUUUCGUUGCACUACUUCGAGGAAGAGGACAUCAAAGGGGGCUGGACGGGACACUACCAUACGCCGAUUGUGCGGGUCGAUCCGGAUAAUCGAUGUGCGGUGAUGUUGGUGUACGGGCGGAAAUUGGUGGUGCUGCCGUUCCGGAAGGACAGUUCGUUGGACGAAAUCGAAGUGCAGGACGUUAAGCCGAUGAAGAAAGCGCCAACGCAGCUGAUUGCCAAGACGCCGAUUCUGGCGUCGUACGUUAUUGAGCUGAAGGAAUCGGAGGAGCGGAUUGAUAACGUGAUUGACAUACAGUUCCUGCACGGCUACUAUGAGCCAACGUUGCUGAUUCUGUAUGAGCCGGUCAAAACGUUUCCAGGCCGUAUCGCUGUUCGUUCAGACACUUGCAUGAUGGUGGCGCUAUCCCUGAACAUACAGCAGCGUGUCCAUCCGGUUAUCUGGACGGUGAACAGUUUGCCGUUUGAUUGUCUGCAAGCGAUUGCCAUCAGCAAACCGAUUGGAGGUUGCUUGAUCUUGAGCAUCAAUGCGUUGAUCUAUCUCAAUCAGAGCGUUCCGCCGUAUGGGGUGAGCUUGAACAGCACUGCCGAUCAUUGCACUAAUUUUCCGCUGAAACCCCAGGACGGCGUUCGGAUCAGUCUGGAUGCAGCGCAGGUGUGCUUCAUCGAGCCGGAAAAGCUAGUGCUCUCGCUAAAGGGUGGAGAACUCUACGUUCUGACGCUUUGCGCCGAUUCAAUGCGAAGCGUACGGAGUUUUCACUUCAGCAAGGCGGCGUCCAGCGUCCUGACCUGUUGUAUCUGCGUCGUCGAGGAAGAGUAUCUGUUCCUGGGUUCCCGACUGGGAAACUCGCUGCUUCUGCGAUUCAAGGAGAAGGACGAGAGCAUGGUGAUUACGAUUGACGAUACGGAGGAAGUGGUGGAGAAGGAACCGAAGCGAUUACGCCUGGAGCAGGAAGAGCUGGAGGUGUACGGUUCGGGGCAGAAAACGUCAGUCCAGUUGACUAGCUACAUUUUCGAGGUGUGCGACAGUAUUCUGAACAUUGGACCGAUAGGUCAUAUGGCCGUGGGUGAGAGGAUUUCCGAAGAGGAGCAAGACGAAAACAAGGACAUUCAGUUUGUGCCGAACAAGCUAGAUCUGGAGAUUGUGACGAGCAGCGGACAUGGAAAGAACGGAGCCCUGUGCGUGCUGCAGAAUUCCAUAAAGCCACAGGUUAUCACUAGUUUUGGUUUGUCGGGCUGUUUGGAUGUGUGGACAGUGCUGAGCGACAAAGGUGACGACAUGCAUGCCUUUAUGAUUCUAUCGCAAGAGGCUGGAACGAUGGUUCUACAGACAGGCGAUGAAAUCAACGAAAUCGAGAACACUGGAUUCGCGACUAAUGUUCCAACCAUUCACGUUGGAAAUAUUGGAGGAAAUCGCUUCAUCGUUCAGGUGACGACCAAAUCUAUUAGAUUGCUCCAGGGUACCCGUCUGCUGCAGAACAUUCCGAUUGAUCUGGGUUGUCCACUGGCCGCGGUCUCCAUCGCUGAUCCGUACGUCUGUGUCCGAUCUUCGGAAGGUAAAGUUAUCACGUUGGCCCUUCGAGAAGGCAAAGGAACUCCACGGUUGGCUGUUAACAAGAACACCAUCAGCACGACUCCGCCAGUGGUGUCCAUCAGUGUGUACAAGGACGUCUCCGGAAUGUUUACAACCAAGUAUGAAGACUUCUACGAUGGUACUAAAGGUGGUUCCUCCGCUUAUUCCAGCGGAUUCGGAUACAUGAAGCCAGAACCACACAUGAAAAUUGAAGACGAAGAAGAUCUACUGUACGGAGAAUCCGGUCGAUCCUUCAAGAUGACUUCGAUGGCAGAUAUGGCCAUCGAAACCAAAAAGAAGAAUCCGGACUUCUGGCGCAAGUUCAUGCAGCCGGUGAAACCUACCUUCUGGUUGUUCGCUGUCAGAGACAACGGCAACUUGGAGAUCUAUUCGAUGCCGGAUCUAAAACUCGUCUAUCUGAUUACGAACAUCGGAAAUGGUAACAAAGUGCUGCAGGAUUCGAUGGAAUUCGUUCCGUUACAGGUAGGACAGUCCGCGGCCGAUGCAGAUGUUACUUCAAACGCGUUCACCAGCCCCUUCGGAUUCAAUCCCAACCUACUGCCGAAGGAAAUCCUGAUGGUGGCUCUGGGCCACCACGGAACUCGACCGAUGCUUUUCGUCCGCUUGGAAAACGACCUUCUCGUGUACAGAGCCUAUCGGUACUCGAAAGGUCACCUAAAGCUGCGCUUCCGGCGAGUUCCCAGCGGCGUAACGGGUCCCAUAUUCAAAAUUGCUCCCCGCCGAGUGGCCCCCACCGAUCAGGAAGGCGAGAAGCCAGACGAGCUCUCCACUAAGAUUAUGUACGAAAACAUUUCCAUGAUUCGGUACUUCAACAACGUCAAUGGCUAUAAUGGCGUUGCCGUAUGCGGAGAGAAGCCUUACAUAAUACUACUGACUUCCCGAGGGGAACUUCGGGCACAUCGGCUCUACGCCAAAACCAUCAUGAAAGGAUUCGCCUCGUUUAACAACGUCAACUGUCCCAACGGCUUCCUGUACUUUGACGAACAGUACGAGCUGAAGAUUGCCGUCUUCCCCGGUUACUUGUCCUACGACUCCCUUUGGCCUGUCCGGAAAAUUCCCCUCCGAAGCUCCCCCAAACAGAUUGUCUACCACAAGGAGAACAAAGUCUACUGCGUGGUGAUGGACACCGAGGAAGUCUGCAACAAGUACUACCGCUUCAACGGCGAGGACAAGGAACUGACCGAGGAGAACAAGGGCGAACGGUUCCUGUAUCCAAUGGCACAUAAGUUCUCGGUCGUCCUGGUUACCCCUUCGGCUUGGGAAAUCAUUCCGGAGACGUCGAUCAAUCUGGAAGAGUGGGAACACGUAAUCGCACUGAAGAACGUUAGUCUGUCGUACGAGGGAGCCCGGUCCGGUUUCAAGGAGUACAUUGCCGUGGGCACGAAUUUCAACUACAGCGAAGACAUUACGUCGCGUGGACGAUUGCUGCUGUACGACAUCAUUGAAGUCGUCCCGGAACCGGGCAAACCGUUGACUAGAUAUAAAUUCAAAGAAGUAAUCGUCAAGGAACAAAAGGGUCCCCUGUCGGCAAUCAGCAAUGUGUCCGGCUUCCUGGUGGGAGCAGUCGGCCAGAAAGUCUAUCUCUGGCAGCUGAAAGACGACGACCUCGUUGGUGUGGCAUUUAUCGAUACCAAUAUCUUCGUCCAUCAGCUAGUUUCGAUCAAAUC